AUGUGUAAAUGUCCUCCUAUUAUUAUUGCUCAUUUAAGACCGUUUGGUUAUACAAAUCCGUGUACGGUUAUGGGUUUAUCUUCGAUAAAAAGACGUAUGAAAGUGUGGAUUCGUAUUUGCGUCUUUCUACUGCCUACUUAUCUAUUCUUCAAAACACAGACACAGGUUAUUCGAACAAAUACUGAACAAAUUUCUAUACAACGAGCUGUUGUGAACAAAUUCUUGUUAUUCGACCGAACAAAUUCACAGAAACUAUCCAUUCGAAAGCAUUUUACAAACCAGCGAAUAAAACAUCAUACUCCAUAUAUGAAUAUUCAAGGCAUCGUCAAUUUUGUCGAAGAAAAGAUAGCUCAUCGAUUUACGUAUCGACUUGCCCUUUCCGAAACUGCUAUUUUACAUUCGUAUAGAUUACAAACCAUUAUUUGA